AUGUACACUUCCAUGUUCAAAUUGUGUCGAUUCUGCUUCAAAGUGCACAGCUUGCGCAUACGAACAUCACUUUCUUGUCCUAAUUCUCCAGGUUCAUGCCUUAAUACGACAGCUGUGCUUGCUUGCAGAAACCCAUAGAUGCCUAUUCUUAAUUUAGAUACUCUUACUUGCCAAGCUAAUUGUGACACAGCAAAUGGCUGGAUGAAAGUUGAUAUGCCUAACCAUGAUUGGAAUAAUAAUGAAACUCUAACAGUUUGUAGAACGAAUAUCUAUUUUGUUGACUUUUUAUCUACAAGGCAAGCAAGUAUCGGAACAAGAGAGUUUCCACACAAAAGAUUUACCAAAGUUUUUGUGGAAUAGUUCAACUUUUAUGAUGCAUACCCGAAUUCUACGAUAAGAAUCUUUGUUGCAGCUAAUACUGCAAAUAGAAUUCCAAUAAACUUCAAAAAUGAACCAAUCGUUAUUUUGAACAAGAGAUUUCAUGUUUCAACUUACAAUGAAUCAGUGACUUCAAGAGUAAUAAUCAUGCCAGUAAACCAAGGAUACAAUUUUUCUUAAAAAUUAAGUAAUAGUUUAAUAACUGAUGUCUAGAACUCAGUAAUGUAUGACUAUCCAAUAACAGCCAUCCGAGGUUCUAUUGAAUUAAUCAAAUUUGAUAUCUAGGUUGAUUUAACAACCGUUGAUGUGAAUUAGAAAUUCUUGAAUAUGGAUGAAGCUGACGGUAUGCUCCUUCAUGUUGCUGGCUCUCAACUUAGACUCUAAGGAAUAUUUUCCGAUGUCAAGAAUGCAAUAUCUGCUCGAAUUUACAAUAACACCUUUAUUCUUAGCUAAACCAAUUAUAUCCUUACUGUGAGACCCUCUUGUAUGGGGGACUUUGACUUUACUAGAACUGAGUUUUUUAUAUCCUCGAAUACAUUCACAAAUUCUCCGACUGUUACUGUAUCUUAUCAUCUAUUUUUCUACAAAGGUUUCUCAAAUGUGACCUAUCAUAAUAAUAGAUUAAUCAAUAUUAUUGGAAGGGGCUACUCUCAUUUCGCCGGUUAAUAUGUUGUUUGUCCAAAUCUUUUGCCAAACAAUACAAUUAUAAACUUCUUAGUUAUCAAUAACUAUUGGGAUAUGUCAAUUGGGAGAGAUGAUGCCAGAAUUGAUUUACAAGUACAAGAAACUAAUCCAAACAUUACUUUCUCAGUUAAGAUUUCCAAUAACACCUUCAUUAAGCUUUUCAGUAAUAACUACUUUAUCCUUGUAUAAAAUUACAACCCUUCCUCGUAUCUUGAAUUUAAUGGAAACUACUUCUAUGGAACAAGAAUUGAAGAUAUAGCCAUAACCUUUUAAACUGACACAGCUAUUUAUCUUUUUGAUAAUUAUGUUGACGACCUUUACAAUAGACUUCGUCAUUUCCUUUAUCUUGAUGGACCGUCAAAAGCUCAUUUUAAGAAUUUGACUAUCAGCAAUGCUUAUACUGGACUGGACUAUAAUGCCUACGCUCUAAUAUUGGCUGAUGUAGCAGAUGGUAAGGGUGUUCUUAUUUUCGAAAACUGUAACUUUACAAAUUGGAAUAUUCAAAUGCAUUAUGGAAUUAAUGUUGCAGUUAAAGUCAAAAGUCUUUAAAUAGUAAACACACUUUUCACAGGAGUCAAAAUGCUUCCUCUUUGGCAUAUCCUCAACAUCAAAGAAGCAUCAUAACUAGUUAUUGAGGAUGUGGUCUUUAAUAAUUAUAGUUUUCAAUCUCCCAAGAGUUCUAAUGGAUUUGCUAUUAAUGUUAUUAAUCUUGACAUCAGAAGUUCAUCUCCAGUUUCAAUAAUAAAGAAUGUUAUUGUUCAAAACAUGUCUACAAACUUUUUCUAACUUAUUAAUGCGCAUUCAGAUGAGAAUAGCAUUACAGGGUACCUAAAUUUCCAAAAUAUGACUAUCUAAAAUAACACUUUUGAUGCAGAAAUCUCCCUAUUUUAAUUUUCUGGAUUUUUACUCGAUAACGCAUUCUUUGAAAUAGAAAUCUCAGAUUCAAAGUUUAUGAACAAUAACUUUACUCUGUAUGGAAACCUUAUUUCAUUAAUGCAAAAUAUGAUUAGACCACUGACAAUAAGAAAUACCAGAUUUUACUAGAAUUAUGGAGCUAUGUUUGAUUUGUCCUCUGGUAAUAUUGCAUUGACUGCCUAUCCUACUUAACUUAAAGUAGAUAACUGUUCAUUCAUUUCAAAUACCCCAUUUUCUAAAGCUCUAAUAGUUGUUAAUGAGAAUUGCAAAUCUUUUAUUUAUAACUCCUACUUCCUUGAAAAUUAUUCUACCUCCAGAGGAUCUGUUAUUAUGGCUGAUUAUCAAGAGACCUAAAAUUACUUUGAAAAUUGCACUUUUGAAAAUAACUCGGCAUCAGUCGGUGGAGUCUUCUACACUCAAUUUGGAAGCAUGAUCGACUGUUUGAAUUGUACUGUUCAAAACAACUUUGGCCUAAAAGAUUCUCUUAUCUACUAGAAUAAACUAUUAAGUCUCUCAGAUUUUAUUGAUAACACUACUAAUGCAAUCAAGAUGAAUGUUCCAGAAUUAGGAUAUUUAACUAAGGAUUAUCUUAAUUAUCUUGCUUCAAAUGUUCUAUCUAUUCAAAAUUCAGUUCAGCUUGGUCUCAUUUAUGCCUUAAACAGCAUAAGUUCUAAUUUGAAAUUCUAAAAUCUGAUAAUUGACUCAUAAGAAAACAUAUUGUCAUCAUUUGAGGCCAGUAUUAUUGGUGGAAAUCUCACAAUCCAAAAUACCAUUGUCACUGAUACCCAAAACUUACUAGAGCUCACUUCAACAACAUUUAACAUGUCAGGACUUAAGCUAGUUAAUAUCUCAUGCAAUAGCAAUACAGCAGCCAAAGAUAAGUAUUUGAUGAGCGCAUUAUUGAGAUCAAACUUUUAUAUUGACAAACUAGAAAUCUAUAAUACUACUAAUCCAAUUGCUUUUAUGCUGAGUUCUUACCUUACUCUGACUAACUCAGUUAUUCAGGAUGUUCUCAUCACUAGUGAACUUUAUCAGCCUAUAUCUUUGACUGAUAGUACAGCAAAUUUCACAAAUGUUGUAGUAAAAAAUGUAAUUCUCAGCUCAGAUUCAAUGAUUCAUCUAUCAUUCAGCUAUUUGAAUGCAUCAGGCUUAGAUAUGACUGCUAUCAACUAAACGUUUAUUACAGCAUCUGAUUCAAAUCUAUAUGUCAAUAGUUCAAACUUCUUAAGAGAUACAACAAAAGACCCAUAUAAUUUGACUGAAGUGGAUCUGACAUCAAUUGAGUAUAUUAGAUCCUGCCUUGUUGUUGAAACAAGUGUUGUAUUAAUUCAAGACACAAAAAUGAAGGACUUCUUUACUACAGAUAACGGGGGAGCUAUUGCAUCGACUAAUUGCGAUAACGUUACUGUUGUUGGCUCAACUUUCUAAGGCAAUUAAGCAGCAAUGGGAGGAGGUCUUUAUUUGUAUUGUGAUGAAGACUAAAUAUGCAACUACUAAAUUAAUAACUCAACUUUCAUUGGAAAUAUUGGAGUAUAGAGAGGAGGAGCACUCCAUUAUAAUUAUUUUGCACCUAUUAUUGAUCUUGAUUCAAUCAACUUCACUGAUAAUAUUGCACCUUAUGGCCAGAAUAUUUCAGCUUAUCCCUACAAAUUAGUCGUUACUAAUGAUCAUGAUAUAAGACAACAAGUAUCUGGUCAAAUUAUUAUUAAUCCAGUUAUGAUUGAAGUUCAGGACUAUUACGGAAACGGAAAAGCUACUUUUGAUGAAGUUACUUUACUUAGUGAUCCAGGCAGGGAAAAUGAGCAUUUAAAAAUAGUCCUUCAAUAAUAUGACAAUACACUUAUAGGAACAGCCUACAGAAUAAAUAAUCCAGAUUCACUAAAUAGAGAAGCUUUACAAAAACAAAAGUGCAUUAAAUGUCCAAUUGGAAAAUUCUCACUCGAGCUCAAUACUUCUACUUGCAUGAACUGCCCACUGAAUGCUUAAUGCCCUGGAGGAAGUAUUAUUGAUGUUGAUUCUGGCUAUUGGAGAGCCAAGUUUUAAUCAAGUUAAAUUCAUGAAUGUCUUUUUUCUCCAGCUUGCAGAGGUGGAACUAAUUGGCUUGAUGAUAACAAUGUUACGUGGCCAACUAAAUGUGAUUCUGGUUAUGGUGGUAAUUUAUGCCACGCUUGCGUCCACCACGAUGGAACUAUGUAUACAAGAAGCAACAAGCAUGAAUGCUUGAAAUGUUCACCAAAUUAAACUUUAAAUAUUUUAAGACUCGUUGGUAUUGGACUUUGUCUUAUUCUUGCCCUUUCAAUCCUAAUCUUGCUCAAUUUAAGGAGAAGAGGAACAAACUAUUUGGCAGUGCUUACAAGAAUGAUGACAAACUACAUGCAAAUUAUAUCUUUUGCAGCAAGUUUCAAUCUUGGAUGGCCUGAGUCAUUGAAGAGACUUUAUGAUUCUAUCUCAAUUAUCAGUUAAUCAGCUGAUGCAGCCUUUUCACUUGAUUGCUUCUUCGACAAUGCUGGAGUUAAUGACAUGACUAAUAGAACCCCAACUUUCUUUAUAAAAGCCAUGAUCCUGUUGAUUUUGCCUGUUAUGGCUCUUAUCAUAAUCUUUAUGUUCUGGGGGCUGUUUUCUAUCUGUAGGAAAUAUGAUAAAGCAACUUUUACUAGAAACACUAUUGUCUCAAUCAUUGUGGUUAUCUUCUUGGCUCAUCCAACUUUAACUUCAAAUGCUUUCUCAAUGCUUAACUGCUAUGAAAUUGAAAGUGGAGAAUAGUGGCUUUAAGCCGAUCUUGAGAUAAAAUGUUGGAAUUCAACUCACACUAAAUGGUUCUUCUUCGUCGGUCUUCCAAUGCUUAUCGUAUGGGUCAUUGGUAUGCCAGUCUUAGCACUCAUACUUAUGUAUACUAACAGAAAGAGACUUGGUGAAGAUCUAUUUUUCAGCAGAUACAGAAUGCUCUAUCAAGGAUUAAAGAAAAAGCACUUCUAUUGGGAAAUAGUUAACACCUUCAGAAAGAUUUCUAUUGUUUCCAUUAAUGUGUUCUUGUCACUUUAUCCCGACUAUAUCAAAGCAAUUUAUGCUAUGCUCAUGUUGGCUAUCAUUUUCAAAAUGCAAGAAAUCCUUCAGCCAUAUGAAAUUCCAGUAUUCAAUUGGAUUGAGCAAAGAGAGCAGAUUGCUUCAAUUGUCACCUUUUAUGCUGGUCUCUAUUUUGUUAAAGCAGACGUAUCAGAAGCAUUCAAGUAUAUCAUUAUUAUCAUAGUCUUUUUCGUAAACGCUUGGUUCUUAGUGCUUUGGUCUUUUGUUGCAGUAAAUACCUUUAAAUGGCAAUUCACAAAGAAAAUUGCUGCUAUUCUAAGAAAGAUAAUUUGCAAAAAACUUAAGGAGGAGGACUUAAAACCAGUGGAUGAGGAUAGCAUUGGGUUCUCAGGUAACACUACACUAAACAAUACUAAGGGUAACUCUAUGAUUGUACCUAAGGGUAUUGCUGCUGAGGGAGAAUUUGAUGAACUAGAAAAAAUUCAAAAUUCUUAAAAGAAAGCAGAUGGCCCAGAUGGAGAUAAAUCUUAAAUUCUGGAUCAAAGCGACAUUCCUCUUAAGAAAAAUGACUAUACAAUGGAUUAGGAUGAGAAGACCAAAGACGAAGGUAUGAAGAAAACAAGAAAGAAGAGAAAGACUUAAAAGUCAUCAACAGACUCAAAUAACGUAAAAUCAAAUAAGUCAACAUCUUCUAAAGAUAAUCCAAUUAAAGGAUCAAUCAUUGAAGACAAGAGCUCCAAAAAAAGAGAAAUACUUUCUUCAUUCAGCGAGUUUUCUGACAAAAUUGAACAACAUCAACAGCAAUAAGAUCAGAAAACUUCAAAAGCAAAGACUCAGCAAAAAGUAAAGGAAAUUGCAUCUUCAGAUGAAGAAGUACAAUAGCCAAAGAAAGAAAAAUCGAAUAAAAAGAAAACUCCACCAAAGAAGGACAAAACACCUAAAGAGCAAGUGAUUGACGAUACUGAACAGAGAGUUUCAGACGAUAGCUCUUCUGUUUAAGAAAAGAAACCCGCUAAAAAGAAGAAGGUGGAGGAGAAGCCAAAGAAAAAGAAGAAGAAGGUUAUAGAAAGUGAUCAGGAUACCCAAGAAGAGGACUUAAAGAAUCAAACUAGAACUCAUGAUAAAAGAAUGCUAGAUGAGUCAGCAGACGAUAUCAACUUUUAAUCUACUAAAUAGGGCCUUAAAAUGCCUUAUAGCUCUUCUAUGUCAAAGAAGUACGACGAGAAAGAUAACACUAAAUCUCUUAAGGUCAAAGCUAAAUAGUUAUUGUAGAAGCCAGCACAAAAUUAAGAAGAAGUUGAUGGUAAUAGUAGUUCAUCAUUCUAGGUCGAAGAAAACAGAGUUUACACCAUUAAAAAGAAGAGUACAAAGCCAACUAAAGGCAAGAAAGAAAAGAAAGACAAGCAGGAUGAGAGAGCUACAAGCACAAUCAAAAGCAAUAUCAUUUAAAAUGAUGUUCAUGCAAUGUCUAUGUCUGAUGACUCUUUCGCCUAAGAUAUUAGAAAAUGA